AUGCGUCUCCUUAUCCUGCCAAUGCUCUUUGUGGCAUCAAUAUGCCUGGUACCUUCCAGUCAUGGGCUGAGUUUGCAGCCAAAGCCUCACAAAAGCACCAAGGCCCUCCUUCCAAACUUUCAACCUAGCUCAGUGGUACCGUCGGUUGCCAUUGCUUUUGCAGCUUUCCUGUUCGCGACCAGCCCUGUACUGGCAGAUGAAUACGGAGUGGAGAAGGAAGCGCCAACACUUUUCACAGGCGAAACUGUAUUGAAAUGUGUAAAACGGGGUCCACUGGGAGCUUGUCUGCAAACAGAAACACGCACAGCUGAGAACGACAAUGACAAAUCCCUGAAAUACUUUCAAGAUCCUACCGAGGCUUCGAAACGAAAGGAAGCUGAAAUGCGCAGCACGGCUCAGCCAGAAGAAGGUAACCUUCUGAUUGAGAAACUACGCAGACAAACUGAAGAAAAUAAGGAAAAGAAUGAACUUAUUGUCAAGCAGAAAACCCUGCUAAACGACCAGAGCGCCAGUUUUGGUCCCUUUGAUCGACAAGUUGUGAUUCUGAACGAAGACGGAAAGGGCUUCACGUUGCUAGAAAAUCCACAGGCCAUGCGUCUGAAGAAAGAUGGGUUCAUUAAAGACCGCCAGUUUAUCAAGCAACCAACGAAGGAGGAGCUAGACCAAGCUCUGGUUCCCGAGGGCCCAAGCCUCGGUGAUGCUAUUCAAGGCUUCUUUGGCGGAGGUGGUGGCGACUAA